GUAAUAAGCUGGAGAAGGGGAGCGAAGCUGGAGUUGACACAGACAAACUGUCAGAAAGGAACAGCCUGGGCUGUGUGGAGAUCUGAGCCAUGGACUUCCCCCAGCACAGCCAUCAUGUCCUGGAACAGCUGAACCAGCAGCGGCAGCUGGGGCUCCUGUGUGAUUGCACCUUCGUGGUGGAUGGUGUUAACUUCAAGGCCCAUAAGGCAGUGCUGGCAGCGUGCAGCGAGUACUUCAAGAUGCUCUUCGUGGACCAGAAGGAUGUGGUGCACCUGGACAUCAGUAACGCGGCAGGCUUGGGGCAGGUGCUGGAGUUCAUGUACACGGCCAAGCUGAGCCUGAGCCCUGAGAACGUGGAUGACGUGCUGGCUGUGGCCAGCUUCCUCCAGAUGCAGGACAUCGUCACGGCCUGCCACACCCUCAAGUCACUCGCUGAACCAGUCACCAGCCCUGGGGAAAAUAUGGAGGCCCCAGCUUCAGAAGGAGGAGACCGGAGAGCCAAAGAAAAGGCUGCCGCCACCAGGCUGAGCAGGCUGGACCAGGCUGGAAGCUGUGCACCCCCAGGCCCAGGCGGGGAGCUCAAAGAGGAGCGGGGCGGCCAGGCCGAGAGCACUGCCAGUGGUGCGGAGCAGACAGAAAAGGCCGACGCCCCCCGGGAGCCCCUGCCCGUGGAGCUCAAGCCGGACCCCACCGGUGGUAUGGCUGCAGCAGAAGCUGAGGCUGCCUUGUCGGAGAGCUCAGAGCAAGAAAUGGAGGUGGAGCCGGCCAGCAAGGGAGAAGAGGAGCCCGAGGAGGAAGAUGCGGGGCGCACCGAGGCCGGGGAAGAGGCCUACGGCUGCGAGGAGUGCGGCAAGAGCUACCGGCUCAUCAGCCUGCUCAACCUGCACAAGAAGCGGCACUCGGGCGAGGCGCGCUACCGCUGCGAGGACUGCGGCAAGCUCUUCACCACCUCGGGCAACCUCAAGCGGCACCAGCUGGUGCACAGCGGCGAGAAGCCCUACCAGUGCGACUACUGCGGCCGCUCCUUCUCCGACCCCACGUCCAAGAUGCGCCACCUGGAGACGCACGACACCGACAAGGAGCACAAGUGCCCGCACUGCGACAAGAAGUUCAACCAGGUGUGCGGCGCGGCCGGCCUGGGCCGAGGGGCCACGGCAGGACGCCCUCGCCUCCCACCAGGAGAGAAGCCCUACCUGUGUGACAAGUGCGGGCGCGGCUUCAACCGGGUGGACAACCUGCGCUCCCACGUGAAGACUGUGCACCAGGGCAAGGCGGGCAUCAAAAUCCUGGAGCCGGAGGACGGCGGUGAGGUCAGCGUGGUGACCGUGGACGACAUGGUCACCCUGGCCACCGAGGCCCUGGCGGCGACGGUUGAGAUCAGCAAAGCCGUAAAGCAAGUGCAGGAAGAAGACCCCAACACCCACAUCCUCUACGCCUGUGACUCCUGCGGGGACAAGUUCCUGGAUGCCAACAGUCUGGCGCAGCACGUCCGGAUCCACAAGGCCUGGAGGACCGGGCAGCUGGGGAAGGAAGGGGGCAGUGGGAAGGGAGAGCCAGGCGGCCCAGACAGCGGCAGCGCCGAGGACUCAUUGGCUUCGCCCCCUCUGGCUGCUUCUGCAGUGGCUCAAGAGCACUUUCACCCUGGAGAUCGAGGGAGGCUGAGGACUGUCCUAGUCCCGGCAGGCUGUGGGGGAGUCCUCUCGGGCCUGGAGAAGCAGGAGGCUCUGCAAGGGGGUUAUCAGUAA